AUGGCGUUCGACUGUGUGGCGGUCGUAUGCGGCUUCCUGCGUAAAUUUCUCUCCCUCAUCAUCGCCGUCCUGAUGGCAAUCUUCACGCUUCUGUAUGUGAUUGGCGCCGGCCGCGUCAUUACGCUCGAGCACAGCUUCAAACACUCUGGAUUUGCCCAUUUUCUCGGCAUCCUCUUCUCCAUCGUCACGGCAAUUUGCUACGUCGCGUUGCACUUUGUCCCGCGCAAGGCGUACCGGCUGCUGUAUCUCCUCUCCGCGCUGCUGGUGAUCACGAUGUUCCUCGUGGCCCACUCCCUCGGGCUCGCCGCGCCGGUGGUGAGUGACUGCAAUGCGAUGGGCCUCAUCAACUACAGCGAUGUGGUGGAGAAGUGGAACGACAUGGGAACUGUGGGAGUCAUCUUCAACAACGAGACAAACAGGACUGAGGCAAUUGGCAAGUUAGGAGAACGUGUGGGGAACUGCGUUGAACAAGAACUUACCUUUGUCAGUGCGUUGCUGAUGAUGAUCCUGCAGCUGUUCGCUCUCUUCGACGUACAGAAUGUGCUGCUGACG